GCGGCGGCCGGGGGCAGCGCGGCUCCUUCCCUUGUUGUGUGUGUCGGUGCCUCCUCGCCAUCUUGUUGCAAAGCCCUUUCUUGUCGGCGGGACUCCGGGGGCCGCGGGGCGGGAGGCAUCGGAAGGGAGGAAGAGGAAGAAGGAAGGAAGCAGGCAGUGCCGCCUUUUUUAUUUUUUGCAUCAAUUUUUUUUUGAUUUGCAAAUUUCUAUUUUGCAAAUAUUUGGGGAGACAUUGAUUUUUCUCCCUGGGCUCCCCCGUUCUUUCCUGAGCAGUGCGCCGCGCCGCCCAGCCCUGUCGCCCCCCGGAGGUGAUCCCUCCCUCCUGCCGGCCCGCCAGCCUGACCUGUGCUUGGCUCGCGGGCCGCAGCCUCGGCCCCGGCGCGCCCCCGGCCGCUCUCGGCGCGAUGAGCAUAGAGACGCUACUGGAGGCGGCCCGCUUCCUGGAAUGGCAAGCGCAGCAACAACAGAGAGCACGUGAGGAACAGGAGCGUCUUCGCCUGGAGCGGGAACGGGAGAGAGAGCAGGAACAGAAGAGGGCAAGUAGCUUGGCCAGGUUGGCCCAUGCCCUCCCUGUGGAGGAACCCCGCAACGAGGCUCCACCGCUACCAUUGUCACCGCCGGCACCGCCACCCGCACCACCACCACCACUUGCUACCCCUACUCCACUGACCGUCAUUCCUAUUCCUGUAGUGACCAACUCCCCGCAGUCUCUACCCCCGCCUCCGCCACUGCCCCCCGCAGCCCAGCCUCUGCCCCUGGCACCUCGCCAGCCAGCCUUGGUCAGCCCGGGACUCAGCAUCAAGGAGCCGGUUCCCCUGCCCACCAGAGCGCAGGUGCCCACCCCCGCCCCCUUACUGCCGGAUCCGAAGACCACAGUUGCACCCACCGGCAGCCCCAAGCCCCUGCAGCCCCUCCCUACCCCCAUCCUGACCAUUGCGCCACACCCUGGAGUCCAGCCUCAGCUGGCUCCCCAGCAGCCACCCCCGCCCACGCUUGGGACCCUCAAGUUGGCUCCAGUUGAAGAGGCCAAAUCCAGCGAACAAAAGAAGAGGCCUGGGGGGAUUGGAACCAGAGAAGUCCACAACAAAUUGGAAAAGAACAGGAGGGCCCAUCUGAAGGAAUGUUUUGAGACCCUGAAGCGCAACAUCCCCAACGUGGACGACAAGAAGACUUCAAAUCUGAGUGUGCUGCGGACAGCGCUGCGGUACAUCCAGUCCCUGAAGAGGAAGGAAAAGGAGUAUGAACAUGAGAUGGAGCGGCUUGCACGGGAGAAGAUUGCCACUCAGCAGCGGCUGGCGGAGCUCAAGCAUGAGCUGAGCCAGUGGAUGGAUGUGUUGGAGAUUGACCGUGUGCUCCGGCAGACGGGCCAGCCUGAGGAUGAUCAGGCCUCCACCUCCACAGCCUCUGAGGGCGAGGACAACAUAGACGAGGACAUGGAGGAAGACCGGGCAGGCCUGGGCCCCCCUAAGCUGAACCAUCGUCCCCAGCCGGAGCUGCUGAAAUCCACCCUGCCAGCCCCCAGCACCACCUCUGCGCCUCUGCCUUCCCAUCCGCACCCCCACCCCGUGGCCCUGUCCCCUGCCCACCUCCCUGUGCAGCAGCAGCAGCAACAGCAGCAGCAGCAGCAACAGCAGCAGCAGCAGCAGCAGCAGCCACCACAGCAAAAGGCUCCUCUGCCAGCUCCCCCUCCCCCACCCGCCACCCCAGCCCAGACGCUGGUGCCAGCUCCAGCCCAUCUGGUGGCCACGGCCGGGGGUGGCUCCACGGUCAUUGCCCACACAGCCACCACCCACGCCUCAGUCAUCCAGACUGUGAACCAUGUUCUGCAGGGCCCCGGGGGCAAGCACAUGGCCCACAUUGCCCCCUCCACCCCCAGCCCUGCUGUGCAGCUGGCACCCGCCACACCUCCCAUUGGCCACAUCACAGUGCACCCUGCCACCCUCAACCAUGUGGCCCACCUUGGCUCCCAGCUGCCCUUGUACCCACAGCCUGUGGCGGUGAGCCAGCCUGUGGCAGUGAGCCACAUUGCCCACACCCUUUCACACCAGCAAGUGAAUGGCACAGCCGGGCUGGGGCCCCCAGCCACUGUCAUGGCAAAGCCAGCUGUGGGCGCCCAGGUGGUGCAUCACCCCCAGCUGGUGGGCCAGACAGUGCUCAACCCUGUGACUAUGGUCACCAUGCCCUCCUUUCCAGUCAGCACACUCAAGCUGGCUUGAGGAUGAGGCCACUUAGGCCCCCAGUGGGGGCAGGGAAGGGGACCUGACUGCCCCUCUCCCACCCACCAGCUCCACACAUUCCAGCCAGGCCCAGGCCCAGGCCCGCCCCACUCACACCACCCCCAGGCCUCCUAGGGGAAGGGGGUGCAGAGACUCUGAGCCAGGGGAGGGGAGAGGAGGGGAGGGGAAAGCUCCUCCCCGCCCCCAAGCAGUUGGGUGCAGGCAGGAAGUUAUCCUGCUGCACUAGGACUUGGUAGACAUGAGAUGCUUUGGCGGACAUUCUUGCCUACCCAGUCUGGUGCCAGCUCUUGGUGCCACUCCUGUCUCCCUACCUUGUUCCCCCAGGAAGUCUACGCUGUGGCUUAUGUUCUCUGGCCUUUCCUUCCCCGGCCUGCCUUCCUGUGCUGUUGCUGCUAUUGCUCUGUCUGGUGAGGUGGCUGAGCUCCCCAGCCUCAGAGUCCUGUGGGACCUCUGUGUCAGAAACAGGGAGCCCCAGAAAGGUGGGAAAUGGGUGGUGAAGGGCCCAGCUCUGAGUACAGGUUACAGGUCCUAUGAUCUGGAGUCAGGCUAGGGUGAGUGAAUGCUUGGGCCUGGCAGUCUCUGACCCACCUGUAGUCACUGCGACAGGUUACAGAAGAAACUGUUUAGAAUGAGUCUCAACCAACAAUAAGAUCCAGGCUGGUGCCAAGUCCCCCACACCUGUCCUUGGGCUUCUGGCCCCAAAGAGCAGGCUGAGCUUAGGGCGGGGGAGGCGGGGCCUAAGUCCUGCUCCUACCCUAGUUCCUCCGGGUUUGGAGGAGCUUCUUCCUUGGCUUUGACCCCACUUCCUGGUUCCUUGCUCUGCAGUGUAUCCCAGACCCUUGGGGUUAGGUGCUUCCUGCAGCUUGGGGGCACGGCCAGCAACGGCUCUGGGAGCAAAGCUGAAAUCCCGGGCCUUUUCCAUCUCCCCCCACCACCUCAGUGGCAAUUUUGAGACCCCUUCUUGGUGGCUGCUGCAGUGUCCACCAUGGAAAGGGCCUUUGCUGGGCGAAAACAAGGCUCAGCUUGUGUUUGGGAAGAGCGAGAGUCCCGUGCUUUCCUGCCUCUGCUUUUGCAGACCGCUUUGGCUUCUCUUUUUACGUGGAUAUUUAUUACAAGUGGCCUUGUGUCAGACACUCAGUUACGCGUGUGCAUAUUCAGCUCCCACUGGACACUCACCAUUGGCCUUUCAGUGUGGGUCAGGAAGCAAGUGUCCCUAAGAUAUAAAGUUUGGGGGCUAAGGCAGUCGAGGGGCCAGAAGGGAGGGCUCAGGGUCCUUAAGAUGACGUGAGCAAGGCACUGAGGCCAGCGAAGGUCUUGAAUACAUUUUCCCUUGAAGACUCCUCAGAUGCCUCAGAGCCCAGGUCCUUCUGGCCCUAGGAGUACCCCAGGGCACUUUAUUAUUGUCUCCUGGGGUGGGGAAUGGUGGCUAGGACCAGGUCUCCACCCUGUCGCAGAAAUCCCAACCCACAAGGUGGCUGCAGCCACCUCUACCACACCCUGACUCUGGGGCCGCCUCCACUCUGCUCUGUGUUGUGACAGAGCAGAGUCUGGUGCUGGCACGGUCAGCCCACUUGUCCCAUUUCCCCCUGUGUCUUGAGGCCAGUUCCAGAGUUCACACCAUUGUGUUGGCCCCAGGCCCGCACAGAUACCUCAUCAUCUAUCCGCCCCUCCCACCCCAACAGGGGUUCCUCCAGAUCUAGUGCCGAAAGACUAUGUCCAGAUUGGUGAUGAUGGGUGUUGUUGCUGUUUUUGUUGUUUGUGACUGCUGUGUGCCCAAAUGGGCAGCCACCUCCCAGCCCCUUCUUGGGCAUCUCCCCCUUGAGAGCUGUUAGGACCACAUCUGUCCUCACCCUGUGGGACCGCCUGGCCCUUCCCUUCCUAUCCCUUCCCGCCUGGGACACACACACACACACACACACCUUACCUCUCAUGCGUGUUUUACCUGUGCUGUUUGGAGUGGCUCACUGCCUGGGAUCUUUACCUCGGGGAGGAAGAGUGGGGAGAGUGGUUCCCUGGGGGCCAAAGAAGGGCAGGGGAUGCCUGGAGGGUAGUUGGGCCACCAUAGUUUCUCUCUAGGAAGAGCUGCUUCUCCCCCCCCCAUCCCAGGGUCCCACUCCCAAUCCCCAAAGAGGUGGCCCUUGUUUACAGUGAGGACUCGGUCACUGUGUCUGUUUCCUGAAAUAUGAAUUGUAGCGACCCCAGACUGUAGAGAUUUUUAUGUGUUUGGGUACAUCUGCUGUGUGGGAAAAAAAAAAAGUACAAAAACCCUAAUUUUGUACAUAUUGUAUUUUUACUAUUGAACUGUAUUCUAGUGGCUGUUCAUGCUCUAAGACUUUAGGUGUUGAGACAUGAAUACUAUCCAUGUAAUAAGCACUUGCCUGGAAUAAAAUAUAAAACUGAAAUAAAUCUGCACUGAAACCUGAGACGGA